AUGCAAAUGCACUUCCCUGAGGCUAUUAUACCAAUUGCCUUGAUUCAUAACAUGAUGCCAGAUAUUAUAUCCUACGCGAAAGCCAUAAUUCAAACUCGUCCUUCCGGAUUCCUCUAUGAAAGACCUGAUUUUCGUUUGUUCAGUUUGUAUCUGGACAUUAUUAUCCAGAAUCCUAUAUUGUACGUUGAUGACUUGAAUAUCCAGAAUUUGUCAUUGGAAGUUGAUGACUACGGCAACAUGAUCACCGACUUAAUCAUUGAAGAGUCCAUGGAAGAUCCUAAUAAUAUUAAGAUGGUUCCUGCAUCAAAGAAUGCCAUUGAGUCUCUUGAGAAAGUGAAGCUUGAAAAUAAUAACCACCUAGCAGAGAGGUGCACUAUUUGUCUAACUGAAUUUGAUUAUGGUGAUGAUGCAGAACAAGUUUCAUCAAUGCCUUGUAAGCAUUUCAUCAUGUGA